UCAUAAAGAGAGUAAUGGUAAAUAUAGUUUUGUUUAUCUUUCUGUGCACCUUCAGCGGGUCGUUGAUACGAGUUUCAACAUAAAACGGCAAAACAAUGGAAACGGCCUUUAUUUCCAGACUAUUUAUUCUUAUGACUAUGUUUAAACCUAGAUGGCUACUGGGAGUUUUUAAAUCGACAUUUUUCCGGAACAUUUGUAUUUGGCUCAUCUUUCAUAGAUUUUAACAAUGAUGGUUGGCCAGAACUUCUUAUUUCUGGUGAUUUUCGCGACAGUAAGCUGUUCUGGAAUAAUAGAAAUGGAACCUUUAUGGAACGUACAGUUGAUUGUGGUAUUGAUGGUGCCAUUGAGUGUACUUUACCCAGAAUGCAUGUGCAUAUCAAAACUGUAAAUUUGGACCUUCUGGAAAUGGAUUCUUUCAAAACGACAAAAAUAGAUCAUUUUCAAAUAUUGCAAAAAAUGUUGGUGUUCAAAAUAGUUUUUGGGCAUGAGGAGCUUCAUUUGUUGAUUUUGAAAAUGAUAACAACCUAGAUGUAGUUGUAACAAGUGGUAUGGACACAUUUUCAACUUCUAUGGAUAAUGAGUAUACUAAAGGAAAAAUGUUGCUAUUAUCAGAAAGUUGGAAACCGAAAUUUGGGUAACGUAGCACUUCAAGAAGGAAUGCAGUUUAUUGGACAAGGCCGGGGGUUGUUGGUUUUUGAUUUUGAAGAAGAUGGAGAUGAGGACAUAUUAGUGGUACCAAAUGUUGGCCUUGUUGAUUUUUUUAGAAAUGAUAAAGGCAACUCAAAUCUUUGGAUUCAUGUGGAAGCAAUGCAUUGGUGUGCUAACAAUCUUAAAAAACUGUGUAGCAGUUAUGGAGCCAGAGUUUAUGUUACCGAUAAAACGGGAUCAGUACAGUCAUGGUCAGUUGGUUCCAAGACAAAUCUAUUAAGUCAAAGUGAAUUAACAGUGCAUUUAGGUUUGGGUACACUCGAAACCUCAUUGUUUGUGUGUUUUGGCCUCAGACUCAACAAGAAUUAAUUAUUAUUGAUGUACCUGUUAAUACAAAGAUAAAAGCCAUUAAACCUGAAAAUAACAGAACAAUCUUUUGGAGCUCGGUAGAGGAGUGCCCUUAUAUGUAUGUUAAAGAUGUGUCUCAGCCAUUGCAAGGUAAAUUGACUAUCAAUGAAGAUAUGAAGUCAUUAAAUUAUGAUCCAUCACCAUUAGAGAUGAUAGAUAUUGGUUUGCAGAAUUUCACAUAUACUAUUGGAGUAAAAUCAGAACACCUAGAUGCUCAAUACACAGGAGUAGUAGAACUAGAUCUUCGAGCUCCAAUUGAGUUCACAAAUUGUAAGAGUAAGUUGUCAGUGGAUGUUGGUGUAUCUGAUUCUCUAAGUACCAAGAUCAGUUUAGCAAAAGAAAUUUGAGUGACUUAAUUGUGCACUAUGGCCAGCAGUCUUUGAGUAAAUAACAAAACAAUCAAUGAACAAACGUGCAAUUGGCAAAUAAAUAUUUAAGCAUUACUUAAACUUGUAAAAACCUUUUUCAUAAUUUAUAAAUCAUGAUACACAUCAUGCUGCUGCAUUACCAAAAUUUGAUCUUCAAAGUUAUGACAAUCAAGUUUGGAUGCCAAUAUCAAUUCCACAGGGAGAUGUUCAAUUUGAUCCUUACAAAACUGGUCAAGAAACCAUGCCAUUUUUAAGAACACAGUAUGAGAGAUGUACAGGUAUUUAUCCUGGUAAUAAAGAAAGAAAACAGCUUAAAAAUAUAACUGCAUACAUUGACGGAAGCAUGAUGUAUGGUUCAAGUUUAAGCCGUUGUGCUAGUUUGAGAGAAUUUAAAGAUGGAAAAAUGAAAUUGAAAAAUAGUUUUCCACCGAAAAAUAUUGAUGGACUUCCAAAUGAUAAUCCAACAGGCCGCCCAUUUGAUCAGUUGUAUGUAACUGGUGAUGUUCGUGCUAAUGUUCAACCUGGUUUGAUGGGUUUGCAUUCAUUAUUUUUGCGUGAACACAAUCGACUUGCUCAAGCCUUUCAGUACAGAAAUCCAAUGGCAUCAGAUGAAGAAAUCUUUCAGUAUGCACGUCAUAUUGUUAUUGCAGAACUCCAAUCUGUAACAUACAGGGAAUAUUUACUUGCAAUAUUGGGUAAUGUUUUACCUGCAUAUAAUGGUUACAAUGAUACAGUUAAUUCAGGGAUUUUUAAUGAGUUUGCAACUGCUGCUUUUAGAGCUCAAGAAGUUGAUUUAUUAAUUGUGGAUGAAAUGCGCAAUAAGUUGUUUCCAAGCUCAGCUGCAGCUACUGGCACACAAACUGGUUUUGACCUUGCUUCAAUAAACAUUCAACAAGGUAGAGAUCAUGGAUUAGCUGAUUUUAAUACAGUUCGAAAGUACCUCGGUCUGCCAGCGUACAAGUCUUUUGAAGAGAUAACAUCUGAUAGGGAUAUUGCAGAGAAGUUAAAAUCAUUAUAUCAAAGUGUUGAUAAAUUUGAUUUGUGGGUUGGAGGCCUCGCUGAAAACCAUGUUCUAAGAUCUGAACUAGGAAAGACUUUUCUUAAGAUUAUUUUAGAACAGUUUCGAAGAAUUGAGAUCGAUUUUGGUACGAAAGGAUUUUAACAAAAGAAGAAAUUAAUGAAGUUGAAUCAAUAACACUUUCCCAAAUUAUAAAACUUAAUACAGGUUACUAUGAUUGUCCAAAUGAUGUUUUUUUCUCUUCGAAAAACUGUUUUGGUUCCAAAGAUUAUCAGUGCAUCCCUAGAGAUCUUGGAUUGGAUAAAAACAAAGACUCUAAUAUACUAGAUUUGAUAAAGAAAAAUCAAGAACAGUUGAAAGAAAUUACUAUACUUACCAUAAUUAUAUUGUUGUUUGCUUUUUUUUCCUUGUUGUUCUUAUCUUGUAUUGUGCAAAGAUUAAAAAAGGUAAAAAAAAAAAUACUUUUUAGUGA